AGAGAAUCGUGGCCGAGAGAAAGGGCGUCGGCGCCGCGCGGCGAUCGGCGCCAGGGGUGGCUCGGCGCCGCCUCGAUCGUGCACCAGUUUCAUACUCACAUUUCUACCGCAGUUGCGGACAUUUUCAAGGCUAAACGAGACGGGCUGACUCGCCGUCGGAGGCCAUUCACCCGGGCGAGAGGGCGGCCAGCGGCCAACGGAACGGUUCGGCGCCGACGGAAGGGGCCAAGCGUUGGCCCGGGCCGCGGGAUUGUCAACGAAAAUAGGCGAAAUGAACGCAGUCCCGUCCGGCGACAAGGUGUGAAAUCAUGAAGGACUAGAAGGAAACUGAGUCUGCGCCAUUCGGCCGCUGGCCGCUAGAUGGCCGCUGGGACGAGCGGAUUUUUCCACGGCGACGACAGCGCCGCCGGUGGAGUGUUUCCGAAGCAGGGGAGGCGCUGAUUGUGAGAUUUUAUUAUUCCGAAUCCGAACGCACCGGCGGACUGACGUGCGAAGGUGUUUUACUGUAAUUUUCAAGUGUUGAUGUGUUUUUCACGUGUAUGUCGCGAUGUCUGCCGAUAACGAGUGGCCAACCAUCAGAGGCUGAGGAUUUAACCCUGCAGGGACGAGGAAAAUGUAGUUUGUGUGUGUUGGAAUAAUAUGGGCAGCGAGAAAUUCGUCUUUCUUGGAUUAGUGCUGCUCGCAAUCCUGCUAGUCUCCACAGCUGCUCCGGACAACUUGACUGAAGAAUCGAGCAAUGUGACCUCCGAGGGGCCAAAGGGCGCCAACUCAACGACCCCUGGCCCACCCCGCAGCGGACAACGCAGUCUCGGCUCGUGCACGCCGGGAUGUCUGCGUUGCGAGGUGUCGGGCUGCUUCAAGUGUGCAGGGGUCAUCGUCCACGGCAGCCGUGAAUGCAGGGCCGAGUGCCCUCCUGGUUACCGCCAGCAAUGGUCCUCACUAGUCGACUACAUGGGUCUCCUGUGCAUUGAGAGCACAAUGGUCGGCGCGGGAUGGUUGGGUGGAUGGGUGACCGGCGGCCAGGAGCUGACCGUCCUCAUCGGCGUGGCCUGUGGCUCGAUGCUGUGCGUGCUGGUGCUCGCGGCCGCCUGUGGCUUCGUCACGUACCGACGGGCCAAAAUGAGACGGUCGCCGGUCGCGCCCGCCAUUCGCAGCAGCAGGUGCGACCCACCAGCCAUGGGACAAUCUGCUGCCAGCCAGCAACAAUGGCUCACGCCCCAAGAGCUGCAACUGCGAAGAGAGUUCGCCAAACAAGUGGGCGCCCUUCGACCAGAGGCUCCCGUUUUCUUAGCCAUGCUGAACGACACGAGACGCAAAGUGCGUGAACUGUAUCGUCCGAACGGCACCGACUCGAGAUCAAAGGCCUACAGGACGGUUCUGCGUGACCUGACCCGCAUUCUCACCCUCCUGAACCGGAAAGAGGCGCGUUUAGGGGCGCCGCCUCCAGACUGGGACACCCUUCUGGACUGGGCAGAACGCUCUCUACGACGCUAUAAAAAGAGCGUCAGCAAUGAAGGGGUUGGGAGCGCCUGUGGCUCUGGCGCCACUUCCUCGUCCGCCUCAUCGACGCCUACCUCAAGUCAUGCCCUCAAUCAGCACCAUCCAAAUUAUGGAGGUCCGGACGGCAACUUAUCUGACAACGAAGACACCAAAGGUUGUGAGUCAAUCGAAAUACCAGCCCUGCUACAAAAUGCCUCCGAGUGGUCACAGAACUCGCUCUACUUCUACGAAAGCUACUACCCCUUGGGCUUCAGACCUCAAGACGAAAUCACCACAGAACUAUAAAGUGGCAAUUUUUAUUAUACUUUCGUCGAAAUUCAUUGUGCCUUUUUCUCUUUACGUCCAAUGAUAAAAUUUACUCCAUAUUAUUACACUGAACGAAAGUCAAUUAUUUUAAUCUGACGAUAGGUUGUUACUGCAGUGCAUUGGUUGUUCUUAUAAAAGUGAACUGCAUUUAAAGUUAUUACUGGUUGUAAAAAAAAAACAGGAGUGCCUUGGCAGGAUAAAUAUAUGUAAAUAUAUUUCCAACAAACGAUAAAUAAUUAUUUCUAGUCACAAUUUGUUUUUAAAUUGUAAAUGUGCAGAGAUCAAUCGAAAAUAUUUAAAUAAAAAUUAUGGGCAUUUUUAGUAGUACAUAAUAUAGGAAAAGUGCUAUGUAAUUGCCCAAUAUAGUAAUUUUUCAGGCUAAUUUCAGCUAGAUUUUUUUCUACCAUUAAUGAGAUAAAGUAUAAAUGUAAGCCAAAAUUAGCAAAGUAAUUCAACCGUAAGUACCGUAACAUAGCAUUGUAUUUUGCAAUAAGACAAAUAAAAGAAAACUGUAAA